CACACUUGAGUUAGUUUAAAGAACGGUCGUUGUGAACCAAACGGUCUUGUGGACUAUUUGGUCAAUGCUUUCGACGGUCAGUAAAUGUCACUAUAUCGAAGUCUAGGUUUUAGUUGAGGGGAAAUGAGUUUUGUUCGCAACAAGAAGUUAUGUUCCUGUUGUUGGUUUGCUACGGAAGCUACACAUAUUCCUUGUAAUUCCACUCUGAAGACUUUUAAUAUCAUAUCAAGGACCGAACGGGAUGAAUACCAGAUAAAUAAUGCAUCUCCAUUCCCCCAUCCACAUGGCAUAAUACAGUAAAAAGCCUACAUCCCAUGGUGCGAUCCCCGCAUAUGUUUGCGCGGGUUUGAGGCAUAUCCCAGCGGGAAGCAGAUCUUGGCAGAAGGUCUUAUCCGUUUGAAUGUAUAUAUCACGACUGAAAAUCGUGAGAGCUCCUGUACCUGCGUUUCUGUCAACUAGCAACCGGAUGCUUCUACGGUGUUUGUCUGAAAAUGGAGAUGGAAAUGACAAGCGCGACCACGAUGGCCAUGGAAGCAUCUUCAACGGCAUCAUCAGGAAUGGCAAUGUCAAUGGGAGGAGAUAGUGACUGUAAAGUCUCUGUGAGUUCCGCCCUACGAAAUCUCGACCACACUCCGAAGAUUAAAAUAUUCCAUGCCACUUUUCUUUCAUGGAUGAGCUAACAGAUGUUUCCCUCUCAGAUGCUUCUAAACUGGACCACAAUGAACGCCUGUUUCCUCACCUCCUCCUUCAAAAUCACCUCCAAGUUCACAUUCCUCCUCGCCUGCCUCUUCGCCUUCUUCCUCGUCCUUUCCCUCGAGUUCCUGCGGCGCUUACAAAGAACAUACGACCGAUACCUCCUCAACCGCUCCAAGGAGCCCUCAAAACCACUAGAAAUGGAAGAAAGGCUUCUGGGCAAAGACGAGAUACUAGAUACAUUGGUAGACGAACGGCCGCUUGUUGUCGUGGUGGAGCAGUUAAUAAGAGGAUUGUUGCAUGUUUCUCAGUUCGCGGUGAGUUAUUGUGUUAUGCUUUUGUAUAUGAGUAGCAAUGGUAUGGUUGUCUCCUUUGCUUCGAAAUGA